AUCUUCGGUAAAACUCGGAAAGCGUCAUCCCUACGUCCGAUCGUUGUGGCAUCCGACAUUUGCAGAUCAUUGUUGUUUUCCUGUUCAAUCCAAGCCGAUUCACGAUGAGUAAGGCACAUCCUCCCGAAUUGAAGAAGUUCAUGGACAAGCGGAUGUGCUUGCAGCUGAAUGGCAACAGGAAGGUGUCUGGUAUCCUGCGAGGGUUCGACCCCUUCAUGAACCUGGUGAUUGAUGAGUGUGUGGAACUCCGAGGCAACGAGAGACAGAGUAUCGGCAUGGUGGUGAUUCGUGGCAACAGUAUCAUAAUGUUGGAAGCCCUAGAAAGAGUUGUCUGAGCUUACGCCAUGGAGACGCUAUGGUGAAAGGGUUUCAGCAUUCAAGGGGCCAACCUGGAACAGACUUUAGUACUUUACUCCUUAGUUAGAUCUUGCUAUGGACAAUAUUGCUAACAUUCGCAUUGUGUUUAGUAACUGUACUUGGAUACUGUACAAAUUUUUGACAAGAAGGAUCCUAGGAAUUAUGGAAUUUAGUUUGUUCUUUCUUGUUUCAAGUCAGAAGAUCAUGUAAAACCUGAUACAGUUGUACUGAUAGUAGAUCAUGGAUGAAGGUAAACUGUACAUGUCAUCAAUAACUUCUGUGUGGAAGAGCAUACUUAAAAGUAGAGAAGUCUAUUUUAGCUGUAUUUUCACUGUCGAGUAUUAGUAAUUUUCAAGAUAUCACUGUUCCAAGUUGUUUGCCAUGGGGUUUUUUUGUGUACAUGAGGACAUUUAAGAUAUGUUUUUGUAUUGCUGUUAAACUUACCAUCAAGGACAUUUGCUUAAGAAACUUGAAUUGUACCACUUUUGAUACUAGUACUUGAAGAGAUGUAACCUUGUGAGCAUAUU